UUGCAUGCACGUAUCUCAUUUCAGGAACUCGCUUGCGACUUCUCGCGUCGAGCUGCCAAUUGUGUCUGGGGCUCUACAGAAUCCACAGCUGGUAACGAAGACACAGAAAUUGCAGCCAAUCAAUGGAUGGUGGGACAUGGACCGCUCAAUCAGGAGAAGUUCUAUUCCCUCACUGGCAACAACAAUUUACCAGAUGGCGAGUUUGCUGUUGCCCGAAUGGAGACUGGCGGUUCAACAAUGCUCCUUUCCGAAGUGAUCCGUUGUGUCGUGAAUGAUGUCAGCAUUCAGUUCAAUCUAUGGCUCACAGGAACUGCCAAAUUGCAGGUGUGCCUGGUAGACGAAGCAACACCGUCACUUCUGGACUGCCAGCCCGCUAGUUCGGGUCCAGUCGUGGUCGACCUGCCUCGAAUAGUAAGGCCGUUCCGAAUCGCUCUUCGAGCAGAGUCUCCCGAUCAGGGUAUGGUUAUUGUGGAUGAUAUCAGUGUGCAGGUGAGACAUUUCACAUUUAGGUUCUUUUCUCACCAACCUAUCAUUAAAAUCUUCAUGUAA